AUGGAUCGUGUCAAGUUGGUCAAGAACAAAUUUGGUUUCCGCAAGAUACCCAGUGCUAAUUCUUCUCCUCUACCCGUGGUUGUGAAACAUUCAGCUGCAGAAGCCCCCCAGAUCCGCCUAGCCGAUGUCGAAACCCAGCUCAACAUGCAUCAGUUCAAUGGCUUCUUCGAAUCCGCUGCUCCCGAGCGGCUACAACAACAAUCCCAAAGCCUCCAGAAUGGCACAAGUGAUGGCCCCCAUGAAAACUCUUGCGUAUUAGACACUGCCACUACCCGAACCGCCCCUUCCGCUACCGCAACAUGCAACGGAGAAUCACCACAAAACCCUGAAUGGUCUUCUGCCGUUGGACACGCGAUGACAGGAAAAUCUGGCCGGGUCAUCCACAAUCUACAAGAAGACAUAGCCCGCCUGACACGGGAAUGCAGUCUCCACCGCUCUCGCGCAGAGGAGGCUCAACGAGUAAAUGAAGCUCUCAGACUCCAACUGCUGAACGUAACGGACCGGCUGCGCAAUUCCGAACAAGCCCACGAGGCACACCUGAUUUCGAUCGCGCGUAAAGAUAGGAAGAUUGAAGAACUGAAAGCGGAGCUGCAGGGGGAGAAGGAAAGACGGCUUAAAGCCGAGGAUGAUGCGCGGAGGACGAACCAGCUCGCUGCCCUGGAGCGGGAUGAGCACCAUCGCGCAUUCGCCAAGGCAAAUGAGAUUGCUGCACAGGCGCGGAAUCAGUAUGAUACGCUCUCGCGCAUGCGGGCUAAGGAGCAACUCGAGUUUCGGAUGAGGCUUGAUGCGGCCCGACGGGAGCUGAGGGAGCUGUGUGGGAGGGAGGUGGAGAGGCAACGGCAGCUGACGCGCUUUGAUCUGACGCGCUUUGAUGUGAUUAUCGAGCAGAAGAAUAGGGAGAUUGAGGCUGAGAGGGAGCGGAUGGAGAGGUUUGAGAGGCUGUUUGCGGAGUAUAAGGAGGCGAGUGAUCAGGCGGUUUGGGGAGUUGGUGGAGCGGAGUAA